AUGACGCCGCUGUGCAUCGCUGCCUCGCCUUCAUCCUUCGCCGCCCAGAGCGCGUCCUCGUCGGCCUGCUUCCUCUCCACGCGUAACGUCCCCGACCUCCUCCCCGAGCAACGCUGCCUCGACCCCCUCCACUACUCCGUGAGCUCCCCCUCUCCUCGUCCGGUCACCACACGCCUGCGCCGUCCCGUGCCCGUGCACGCGCCGUGGCCGCGCCCUCUCCCCCCGCGGCUUCCUCGUCCCGUGCACGCACCGUCCGCACGCACACGACACCCGCGCUCCUGGCCGCGCCUGCCCCCGUCGAUGCGCGCGCGCUCGCGCGCCCAGCGCCCCGCUGCCACCCCGGGGCCGCGGCCUCCUUCCCCGCACCGCGCCUGGGCCGCGCGCCCCACCGUCCCGCUCCUCGCGCCACCGCGUUGUCCUCGCCCGCUGACCCCGCGCCUCCGUUUCCGCCUGCUCACCGCGCGGCACUGCUCCGCCCUGCCGCCCGCUUCACCGCUGCUGCCGCUCCCUGCACUCGCCCGCGACUACCUGCACCUCUGCUCGCCGCGGCCGCCUCACUGCACACGCGCCCUUUAA